UAAGAAAGAUGCUUACUGAAUAAGGUGGGAUCCAACAAGAGUGUGGUACAGAAUGCAAUAAUACAUGAAUUACUUUUUUCUGAGGGAACUCAACAGAAAAACACUUAAUGAAGGAAGGCAAAGGCUUAACCAUCUGGUACAUUUGUGAAUUCUUGAUGACUAAGCACUUGAAGUUUAGUAAAUUUGAAAUUCACCAGUCUUAGAAAUGGAAGAAAGUGAUGAACCUGAUCAGCCUAUCUCAGCAGGGAGGCAAGAAAUUCGAAAGAGAAGACGACCCAGCCAACCAAUGGUAGACAAAUCCCAGCAGACUGAAGUGACAGAAAAAAAGAAACCCUUGCCGAUGUCACAAUCAUCUGGCCCCAAAGCUACCCUUAGUAUUGGUAAUAUUCCUGGAAGCAAAGUCAACUAUGAGUCUCUUAGAGUAUCUUCUCAACUUCAGCAAACUUGGAUGAAGAGAAAGCGUGUACAGGAUAUGACUGAUAAAUCUCUGCAGACAGACACUAUUGCAGAAGAGAAAAAAGAAGAAAUCAAGUCAGUUGGUGAGACAGUGGUACCUGAAGAAAAGCCAGCUGCUGUUGGAGAGGCAGCCCCUGAAUUUCCAGAGAGUGUUCAGGAAGUAGAAAUUCCACUAAGCAGACACUCAAUUCAACUCAAAAUAGACAGAUCUCAGCAGACCAGUUGUACUGGAGACUGGACAAUGAUAAACAUUCCUCAAAAUGAAAAAGUGGACAAGGAACAGCAGACGUACUUUAGUGAUUCAGAAAUAGUGUUUAUUGGCAAGACAGGUAGUUCUUCAAAUUCGAAGGAAGGUGCACAGAUGUAUAAAUCCUCAGGGAAGAUUUUUGUUAGUGAACAUCCUGAAUUUCAACCCGCAACAUGUAGCAGUGAAGAAAUUAGGCAGAACAGUAUCAGCAGAUCUUCGUUUAGUCAACAAAACAUAAAAAGUACUCCGGUACUUUUAGAAGACGAGCAGUACGUUCUAGUUGAAGUACAGCCUCCCAUUGCAGAAGAGAUCUCUGCUGAACUGCAACCUCCACCAGCAGACGAGACUACUGCAGGAGAGACCCCAGCUGAACUUCAGCCUCCACCAGCUGAGGAUGCCCAUGUGGAAGAGGCUCUUUCAGAAGAGCCUUCUGCUGAAGUUCAGCCUCCAGCAGUUGAAGAGGCUCCUGUUGAAACACAGCCUUCCCCAGCUGAGGAGCCUCCUGCUGAGGAGGCCCCUGCUGAAGUUCUGUCUCUACCAGUUGAAGAGUCCCCUGCAGAAGAGGUCCCUGCUAGAGUAGAGCCAGCCCCUGCUGAAGACGAUAUUUUAGAAGAGGUUUCUGCUGAAGUUCAGCCUCCACCAGCUGAAGAGGCUCCUACACAGGAGGCCCCAGAACUUAAGCUUCCACUAGCUGUGGAGGCCCCUAUAGAUGAGGUCCCAGAUGAACUUCAGCCUCCCCUAGCUGAGAAGACCACUGCAGAAGAGGUCCCUGCCAAAGUUCAGCCUCCAGCUACUGAGGAGGUCCCUGCAUUAGAGGCACUGGCUGAAGUUCAGUCUCCACCAGCUGAGGAGGCUCCUGUAGAAGAGGCUCCAGCUGAAGUUCACUCUCCACCAGUGGAGGAGGCUGCUACAGAAGAGGCCCCAGCUGAAGUUCAGACUCCACCUGCUGAGGAGGCCACUGCAGAAGAGGCCCCGGCUGAAGUUCAGCCUCCACCUGCUGAGGAGGCCGCUGCAGAAGAGGCCCCGGCUGAAGUUCAGACUCCACCUGCUGAGGAGGCUGCUGCAGAAGAGGCCCCAGCUGAAGUUCAGCCUCCACCUGCUGGGGAGGCUGCUGCAGAAGAGGCCCCGGCUGAAGUUCAGCCUCCACCUGCUGAGGAGGCUGCUGCAGAAGAGGGACCAGCUGAAGUUCAGCCUCCACCUGCUGGGGAGGCCGCUGCAGAAGAGGCCCUGGCUGAAGUGCAGACUCCACCUGCUGAGGAGGCUGCUGCAGAAGAGGCCCCGGCUGAAGUUCAGCCUCCACUUGCUAAGGAGGCCACUGCAGAAGAGGCCCUGGCUGAAGUUCAGCCUCCACUUGCUAAGGAGGCCGCUGUAGAAGAGGCCCCGGCUGAAGUUCAGCUUCUACCAGCUGAGGAGGCUGCUGCAGAAGAGGUCCCAGCUGAACCUCAGUCUCUACCAGCUGAGGAGGCCCCUGCAGAAGAGGGACCAGCUGAACUUCAGACUCUACCAGCUGAGGAGGCGCCUGCAUUAGAGGCACUGGCUGAAGUUCAGUCUCUACCAACCGAGGAGGCUCAUAUAGAAGAGGCUCCAGCUGAAGUUCACUCUCCACCAGUGGAGGAGGCCGCUGCAGAAGAGGCCCCAGCUGAACUUCAGUCUCCACCAGCCGAGGAGGCCCCUGCAGAAGAGCAUCAUGUUCCGCUUCAGCCCCCACCAACUGAAGAAACUACUUCAGAAAUGGUCCCUGUUGACAAACAGCCUCCACCAGCUAAAGAGCCCAAUUUCAUUACACAAAUCUUUAUGAAAGACACCCCUGCUGAAGUUCAGCCUCCUCGUUCUCAACAAACCCCUGCAGCUGAGCCUCUGGUAGAGAACGUGUCUACUGAACAUCAGUCUCCCCAGAUAGCAGAUGGCCCAGUAACAUUAGAAUCCAUGGUUUUGAAAGAUGAGCCAAUAUAUGAAGAGCCAUUAGAACUGGAUCCUGUUCCCAAAGAUUCAUCUAAUAUCAAGAACGAACAGGUUUCUACUAUUGAAAUAGACGGUGUCAUCCGUAUACAAAGAAAAUAGGGGCCUCCUCCUCAGCUGUAGUCAGGGGUCUGAAAGUACGUACUUUAGAAAAGGGUAGGCGUUUGGAAAUAGCUUUGUGAACAGGCAAAUGAAAGGAAACCCCAAGAUGUGGACUGCAAGUUGGAAAAUGAACAAUAAAAAC